AUGGGUAUGUCUUCAAUUGCUGAUACCCUUUAUACCCAUUUGAAUAAAACCAAUGGAAUCACCAUUGAAAAUGCAUUAUCAAAAACCAAACCAAAAUUGGACUCACAAUGUGUUAUUCAAGUUCUUAAUAAGUGCUUUCCAAAACAGUCCCAAUUGGGUGUUAGAUUCUUCAUUUGGGCUGGAUUUCAAUCUGGGUAUAGACAUAGUGGCUAUAUGUAUAGGAAAGUUUGUAACUUGUUUGAGAUUGAUAAGAAUCCGGAGAUUAUUUGUGAUGUGAUUAAGGCUUAUGAGGUUGAUGGGUGUGUUGUUAAUGUUAACAUGUUUAGGGAGGUUUUGAAAUUGUGUAAGGAAGCUGAGAAUGUUGAUUUGGGUUUGUGGGUGUUGAGGAAAAUGGAGGAUUUUGAGAUGAAACCGGAUACGGUAAUGUAUAAUGUUGUUAUUAAAUUGGUUUGUAAGCAGGGUGAUGUUGAAAUGGGUGAGAAGUUGAUGAAGGACAUGAGUUUGAAUGGGAUUUGUCCGGAUUUAAUUACGUAUAUGACGAUGAUUGAGGGGUUGUGCAGUGCGGGGAGGUUGGAGGAGGCGUAUGAGAUGGUUAAGGUUAUGAGGGGGAAUGGUUGUUCGCCGAAUUCGGUUGUUUUGUCGGCUGUUUUGGAUGGGUUGUGUAGGUUGGAUUCGAUGGAAAGGGCAUUGGAAUUGUUGGAUGAAAUGGAGAAAAGUGGGGAUUGUUGUCCUAAUGUUGUUACUUAUACGUCUUUGAUUCAAAGUUUCUGUAAGAGAGGUGAGUGGACAGAAGCGUUGAAUAUUCUUGAUAGAAUGAGAGCUUUUGGGUGUUUUGCUAAUCAUGUUACCGUUUUUACUUUGAUUGAGAGUCUCUGUACCGAAGGUCGUGUAGAUGAAGCUUACAAGGUGGUUGAUAAACUUGUGGUGGAACAUUGUGUCUCGCGUGGUGAUUGCUACAAUUCACUUGUGAUUUCUUUCAUAAGGGUAAAGAAACUCGAGGGAGCAGAGAAUCUCUUCAAGGAAAUGCUUGCUGCAGAGAUCAAACCUGAUACUUUGGCAUCUAGCCUUUUGCUUAAGGAGUUAUGUUUGAAGGAUAGGGUACUGGAUGGGUUCUACUUGCUUGAUACAAUAGAGAAUAUGGGAUUCUUGUCUUCCAUUGACUCUGAUAUUUAUUCUAUUAUGUUAAUCGGCCUUUGGCAGAAAAACCACUUGACAGAGGCCACGAAGCUUGCAAAAAUAAUGCUUAAGAAAGCCAUUCCUCUGCGACCUCCUUACAAAGACCGCGCAAUUGAUAUCCUAAGAAAAUAUGGAGAAAAAAGAUCCUGUGAAGCAGUAAACCGGCAUACAUAA